AUGGCCCCCCUGAGAGGUGCUGGGCAGGAGACCCCAGCUGGAGCAGGAAGGGGACAGCUGGACCCAGGCCCUGCAAUGGGGAACAUCAGCACUGGAAGUCUGUCCCCCCCUGAGUGGGGCUGCAGGAGCCCCCAGGCCAGGGGGGCUGAGGAGCCCCCUCUACUGCCCACCUUCUCCCCCGCUGCCCAGGCCCGCGUGGCCAUCACCUUCACCCUCUUUGCCAUCUCGGCUGGCUGCAACCUGGCCGUGCUGCGUGCGGCGGGGACGCGGCGGGGGCCUGGGGGUACGGGACGGCGUUCCCACAUCCACCUGCUGCUGCUGCACCUCGCUGCCGCUGACCUGCUGGUGACGGUGGCGGUGAUGCCGCUGGACGCCAUCUGGAACAUCACGCUGCAGUGGCGGGCGGGUGACCUGGCCUGCCGCCUCCUCAUGUACCUGCGGCUGGUGGCCAUGUACGCCUCGGCCUUCGUCACCGUCGUCAUCAGCCUGGACCGCCAGGCCGCCGUCCUGCGCCCACUGGCCAUCGCCCGUGCCCGCCGCAGGAACCGCAUCCUGCUCUACCUCGCCUGGAUCCUCAGCGCCGGGCUCUCGGUGCCGCAGCUGUUCCUCUUCCGCACGGUCACCCUCCCCGCCCCGCACAACUUCACCCAGUGCACGACUCAGGGCAGCUUCCCCCAGCCCUGGCAGGAGACCCUCUACAACAUGGUGGGCUUCUCCUGCCUCUUCCUGCUGCCGCUGCUCAUCAUGGUUUGCUGUUAUGCCCGCAUCCUCCUGGAGAUCUCCCGGCGCAUGGGCUCCAGCUUCUUCUCCUCCCGGGAUGUGUCGCUGCGGUGCUCCAGGAACAACAUCCCUCGGGCUCGGAUGCGUACGCUGAAGAUGAGCCUGGUCAUCGUCUCCUCCUUCAUCCUCUGCUGGACCCCCUACUACCUGCUGGGGCUGUGGUACUGGUUCUGCCCGCGGGCCAUGGAGAAGAGGGUCUCGCCUGCCCUCUCCCACAUCCUCUUCAUCUUCGGCCUCUUCAACGCCUGCCUGGACCCCAUCACCUACGGGCUCUUCACCAUCCGCUUCCGGAGAGGCUGGGGCUGCCCUUGUGGGCACCCCCCCGAGCCCCAGCCGCCCUCCCCGGCCACCGGCUCCUUCCACUGCUCCUCCUCCUCCCUGCCACCCAAGCAGAGGGGGCCCGGGGGGGCGGAGGCAGUGGGAGACCACCGAGAGCGGGCUGCCCGUGGGCACUGGUCCUGCCAGAGCAGCUCCCUCUGA